AUGACUGUGCUGCCCAGAAGCUCGACGAAUUCCUCAGAGGAGACCGAAAAAGAUGAACUGGUGUACAUCCGGGCUGAUAACGCACCACAAAAGACGUCAGAGCGCGUCUCGCGCACGCCUUCACGGACGUGGGCGCGCUCGCGCGCGUCAUCCGUCGCGCAAGAGACCAACAGCUACUACGAAAUCGAUAAAAACAGGCCGGAGACGUUUCUCAAUAGCGACGACUUGGAGAAAGUCACCGAGUCGGAAAUAUACCCGCAGAAGCGGCUCUUCAGUUUUUUGCAUUCCAAGAAAAUCCCACCCAUCCCAACGCAGGACGAGCGCAAAGUGUACCCGCUCUAUCAUACCAAUUUUGUGUAUCGUAUCUUCUUCUGGUGGGUUUUCCCCGUGCUGCGCAUGGGCUACAAGCGUACGUUACAGCCCAAUGAUCUGUGGGUCAUGGACGAGCGCAUCUCCAUAGAGACUCUCUUCGAACAAUUCACACAGCAUUUCGACUGGUACUUCAACAAGGCGCGUGAAGACUACAAGCAUAAACACCCAGACGCUACGCAAGAGGAAAUACUAGAAAACGCUGCGCUUCCGAAAUACGCACUUGUGAAGGCGCUGCUCUUCACGUUCAAAUGGCAGUAUUUCUUUGCCUUUCUCGCGAUGGCCGUGUCCAACUGUGCUUCCUCUUUCUCACCCAUGCUAACCAAGCGUGUCAUUAAUUUUGUCGAGGAGAAAGCACUUUAUCCUGGCCUCAAGGUCAACAAGGGUAUCGGUUAUGCGAUCGGGUCCUGUGUAAUGAUGCUCGUGAACGGUGUCCUUUUCAACCAUUUCUUUCACAACUCCCAGCUCACAGGUGUGCAAGUGAAGUCAGUGCUGAUGAAGGCUAUUUUGACAAAGUCCUUCAACUUAUCGGGCUAUUCCAGGCACAAGUUCCCCAAUGGUAAAAUCACGUCACUGAUGACGACCGACUUGUCGCGUUUAGAGCUUGCCAUUAUGUUCCAACCACUGCUAGCGGCUAUUGUCGUCGCUGUGGUUAUCUGUGUUGUUCAACUGAUCGUCAACUUGGGCGCUAUUGCAUUGGUAGGUGUUGGCAUUUUCUUUUCAUCUUUGUUCAUUUCGAUUUAUGCCUUUAAGAAGAUGAUCAGCGUCAGAAUGGCCACUAACAAGUUCACUGACGCUCGUGUCACGUUGAUGCGAGAAAUUCUCAACAGUAUGAAGAUGAUCAAGUUCUACGCUUGGGAAGAUGCAUAUGAGGCCAGUGUCGAAGAACAACGGUCUAAAGAGAUCAGCAAAACCAGAGUCAUGCAAUUGACCAGAAACUUCGUCACCGCUAUGGCCGUUUGUUUGACCAAUAUUUCAUCAAUGGUUACUUUCCUUGCUAUGUACAAGAUAGACGACGGGAAAAGAAGCCCCGGUGACAUUUUUUCUUCGUUGUCUCUGUUCCAAGUCCUCAAUCUCCAGAUGUUUUUCUUGCCAAUGGCACUGGGCACUGCUGUUGAUGGUGCUAUUGCUUUGAAACGUAUUCAGGAAUUGUUGGAAGCUGCUGAAGAGGAGCACGACGUGGAAUUGGACGCCUUGCCUUACGAAGAUGAAAACGUAGCUUUGAAGAUGGUUGACGCAUCCUUUGAAUGGGAAAAUUACGAAUUAGAAGAAGCAAAGGAAGAUGCUAAAGAACGCGGCGGUGAUGCACGUGAGGUUGGCAAACAUGGUGAGUUCGAUGAUACAGAAAAGACGAGUUUUAAUGGGUUUCACGAUUUGAAUUUCGAAAUCGAAAAGGGGGAACUAAUUAUCAUCACCGGUUCCAUUGGUACUGGUAAAAGUUCCCUUUUGAAUGCCAUGGCUGGGUUCAUGCAAAAAAAAUCAGGAACCAUCUAUAAAAACGGUUCCCUAUUAUUGUGUGGGUAUCCAUGGGUUCAAAACGCAAGUGUUCGUGAUAAUAUUUUAUUUGGCUCGCCGUACGAUGAAGUCAAAUAUAACGAGGUAUUGAGAGUUUGUUCUUUACAAGAUGAUUUAAACAUUUUGCCAGCCGGUGAUCGUACUGAGAUUGGUGAGCGUGGUAUCACCUUGUCGGGUGGACAAAAAGCACGUAUCAACUUGGCGAGAAGCGUUUACAAAACGCUUGAUAUUUAUUUAUUUGACGAUGUUCUCAGUGCGGUAGAUGCACGUGUCGGUAAGCACAUCAUGGAUGAAUGUAUGUUGGGCCGCUUGGCCGGGAAGACUAGAAUUUUGGCUACCCAUCAGUUGAGUCUAAUUGCAAGAGCUUCUCGAGUCAUAUAUUUAGGUACCGACCAAAGUUUUGACAUUGGCACUGUGGAUGAGUUGAAGAAGAGGAAUCCAGGCUUUGUUAAGCUGAUGGAUUUUUCCAAUCAAUCCGCCAAAGAUGAGGAAGAAAAGGAGGGGAACCCAGACGACUCGGAGUCUAAUACCCCAUAUGACCUUCCUGAAAAAGAGACAACUGAAUUGGAAAAGCAAAUUAGUAAAAAAUCCCAAAUCGGGGAGAAGUCAGCAGAUCCUCUGGCAGAUGGUAAGUUGACAUCGAAAGAAGAAAGAGCAGUAAAUGGAAUCAGUUUUAGAAUUUACAAAGAAUACAUUGCUGCAGGAUGUGGGAAAAUGGGUUUACUCGUCUUACCGUUCUACCUUCUCUUGUUAGUGGCCACUACUUUCACUCUAUUGUUUUCGUCUGUUUGGCUUUCGUUCUGGACUGAAAACAAAUUCAAGUAUAGAACUACUGGAUUUUACAUGGGUCUCUAUGUGUUCUUUGUGUUCUUGAACUACUUUUGCACCACCGGUCAGUUUACCUUAUUGUGUUAUUUGGGAUUGACUGCUGCGAAGUGGUUAAACUUGAAAGCGGUCAAGAGAAUAUUGCAUACGCCAAUGAGUUUCAUCGACACUACACCAAUUGGUCGUAUAUUGAAUCGUUUCACCAAGGACACAGAUACUCUAGACACAGAACUGACUGAGAGUGUGAGAUUGUUUGUUUACCAAGUGGCCAAUAUAACUGGAGUGGUGGUUAUGUGUAUCAUUUACUUGCCAUGGUUUGCCAUUGCGAUCCCCUUCCUUUUCAUUGCAUUUGCCCUCAUCGCAGACCACUACCAGAGUUCCAGUCGAGAGAUCAAACGGUUGGAGGCGAUCCAGAGAUCGUUUGUAUACAACAACUUCAACGAAGUUCUGGGAGGUAUGGACACUAUUCGUGCUUACAGAAGCGAAAACCGGUUUUUGAUGAAGUCAGACUUUCUCAUCAACAGAAUGAACGAGGCCGGAUACGUUGUGGUGGCCGUUCAGAGAUGGGUGGCCAUAUCGCUAGACAUGAUUGCCACUGCGUUUGCGCUGAUCAUUGCGUUGCUUUGUGUAACAAGGCAAUUCCGGAUUUCCGCAUCGUCCGUGGGUGUGUUGUUGACAUACGUGUUGCAAUUGCCCGGCCUGCUAAACUCCUUGAUGCGUGCGAUGACGCAAGGUGAAAACGACAUGAACAGUGCGGAGAGAUUGGUGAGUUACGCCACGGAGUUGCCUUUGGAGGCGCAGUAUCGUAAGCCGGAGUGCAGCCCACCAGCGGACUGGCCAAGCAAGGGAGAGAUCGAUUUCGAGCAGGUUUCGCUUGCGUACCGGCCCGGGCUGCCUCUGGUGUUGAAGGACGUCACGUUGAAGAUAGGCAGCGGCGAGAAGAUCGGUAUCUGUGGUCGCACGGGUGCGGGUAAAUCUACGAUUAUGACGGCACUGUACCGGCUGUGCGAGCUGGAAAGUGGCGCAGUGUACAUCGACGGCGUGGACAUCUCGAAGCUGGGGUUGUACGAGCUGAGAAGCAAGCUGUCGAUCAUCCCCCAGGACCCAGUGCUGUUCAAAGGCACCAUCCGGAAAAACAUCGACCCCUUUUCCGAGCGCACGGACGACGAGCUGUGGGACGCGCUGGUGCGCGGUGGCGCCAUCGCCGCAGAGGACGUGGCGCAGGUGCGGCUGCAGACGCCCGAGGGUAGCGGCUCGCUAACCAACAUGCACAAGUUCCACCUGAUGCAGGAGGUGGAGGACGACGGAUCCAACUUUUCGCUGGGAGAGCGGCAGUUGCUGGCGCUGACACGUGCGCUGGUGCGCCAGUCGCGCAUUCUCAUUUUGGACGAAGCCACCUCGUCCGUGGACUACGAGACGGACGCCAAAAUCCAGGCGCGGAUCGUGCAAGAGUUCUCCACGUGUACGAUUCUGUGCAUUGCGCACCGUCUGAACACGAUUCUGGAGUACGACCGGAUCCUGGUGCUCGACAAGGGAGAGGUGCGCGAGUUCGACAAGCCUGCGGCGUUGUUCGCGAUGGGCGGCAUCUUCACGGAGAUGUGCGCGAGAUCGGGAAUCACGGCUGCGGACUUUAAGUGA